AUGCCCUCGGCCGACGACGACUUCGUUCCCGACUUUGACAACUUCGACGAGCAACCGCAAGCCGUCCCAGCAGCCCCGCCAGCUGCUGAUCCCCAGGACGAUCCUUGGGGUUUCAACGAUCCUCAGCACGAACAGCCUCCGCCUCCUCCGCCGAAAAGAGAGAGCAAGAAGAAGAAGAAGGGCAAGAAGGAUGGCGCUGCGAGGAAGGUCAAGGCCGAAGACGGAGAGGACUCGUCGGCAUAUCCAAGAUCUAUAACCCCGUCUCCUCCUACAGACCACGGCGCAAAGCUGCAAGAUGUUUUGCCUCCCGCAGCACAGGUGCCUGCCCCUGCUCAGCCAGUAGUACCCAGCUCGCCCUUAGUGAACUUCGACGACGAGACGACUGCGGUCGAGGAUAUAGAGCCGCUGCCUCCUACGACACCGCAGCCGACCAAACUGUCUUCCACACCGUCUCCCGCUGUGUCUCCUGUUGUCAGGUCUCCACGACCUGCUCCUGCAAAGCCCGCGGUAACCGCUUCACCCAAUCGCCGCCCGUCUAGCUUGUAUCUUGCUCCGCCACGAGACCGGAACAACAGCUUGACCGGGUACAGACCUCCUGUAUCGCUUGCUGCACCUGCUCAACAGCGCCGCGAGUCCUUUGCUGCGUCACGGCCACGCUUUGGAGACCCGCCUCUGCCCCACAUGCCUCAGCCACAUUUCUUCGGCCUGCCAGAUCUAGGCUUGAAUUUUGGUCAAAAGAAGGAGACGGGAAGCCCAGCUGGGUCCAAUGGCUACUGCUGUCGAAUAGACUCUUUGGCCGAUUCUGGCGACGAAGAUUCCGCGAAGAAGGCUCGAGAGGCUCUUCUGGUGGGCUGCGAAGGCGGUCUAGACGUAUACGUGAUUCUGAACAACAAGCUCGAACUCGUAGGUCGUUUGGAGGGGCUCCGAGGGUCCAUCAUUGGUGCCAAAAUUCUUCCACAUCUGGAAAGAUACGACCAACUGCAGUCUUUACGUCCAUUGGUCGCUGUGAUCGUACAUGGGCCAAUGGUGGACGAUCGAAGAGACUCGGGGCCUGAAGGCGAAGAAGUCUCUCCCAACGAAAACGAACCGCCGACACACUUCCAGACGACGGUCGAGAUUUACUCCCUCCAAACUCAGAUUUACGUCGCAACGAUAUAUCGCAGUGCCCCUGUCGCGAUUGAGCAGCCUGUCGUUGGUCAGAUCUCGUCACUUCCGGAUCCGGUGGGAGACCUUCACAUCGACGCCAAAGGCCAGUUCAUUACUGUGAGCUCGGGCAAGAGUGGAGAAAUAUUCGUUUUUACUCAGUCUGCCGCUCACAGUCUUGAAGGCACACGCUUCCGUUGCGUCGGGAAAUACUGGACUGUGGUGCAGAAGCCGUUGUCUGCUCCUCCAUCCAGGCCAGCCAGCGCAAGCGACGUGGGUACUCCUACUGAAACCAGGGACGAUGUUCAAAUCCCAGUCUACAGCCUGAGUCAGCGGUGGCUGGCGGUCGUGCCUCCUUCUACUUCUUCAAGUAUCUCCAUUCAAGGUGUUCCUUUGACAUCGGACGUAAAUCGAAACCCGCCGGGUUGUUCGACCCACGCUGCCUCAUCGCAGCCUAUAGUAUCUUGUGAAGUUGUGGGAACCGAUGUCGAAGGUGCUUGGAGUCGUCUCGGACGGCAGGCUGCUCAGGGACUGAUGAAGUAUUCUCAGAAAGGCCUUGAGAUGGGGUUGCAAGGAUGGAAAGAGCUCACACAGCCUUCACCUCCAGGCGGUCGACCAAAUCAUGACCGCUCAUCUAGCAAAGAGGAUUUGUUUCCGCCGACGAACGCACCUUCAAGCGAUCCAGGCCGACUUGCGAAAGAGCCAGCCGUGGUCUCCAUUAUCGAUUUGGAAUGUCUCUUGCAAUGGGAAGCACAUCAGUCCAAGCAUCCGCCUCCAGUCAUGGCUACAUUUGCGCUCGUUGACGGUUGCAAUUUUCUGUCCUUCUCUUCCACUGGGACAAGACUGCUUACCACGAGCCGCAAGGGCGAAGUCUCUACGAUCUGGGAUCUGCAGCAGGCCGCUCACGGUGUCCCCAAACGCAGCACAACAGACGGCCAGGACAUGAGCACUAGUCCGUGCGUCAAGCAGCUACAGCGACUCACCCGAAACAGCCCUUCAACUGUACUUGGUUGUGCGUGGACAAGGGAUGAUGAUGCUGUUGCUAUUCUCACCGCUCAUGGGACAGUUCACUUGCAUGAGGUGCCAAGUCGAGCUCCUUCGAGAAGACGCAAGCGAUCGAGUAUCUCCGCUGCCCCCAGCGCAGAGAAGGCUGAUGCAACAGUCAGUCUGUCUACUGGCUUAUCGCCUCCCAGCGCCAACCAAGGCUUUCUUGGCAGCAUUAAGUCCAGUUGGCAAACCGUCAGCACUCAGGUCAAUUCCAUUCGUACGAAUCCUCCUGCUUCAACUUUUGGCCUGCCCACAACAUUUGCCGGCUUCAAGGAGGCAACGGCGGCUGCUGGUAAUGCUGGCUCACGUGCUGUGGCGCGAGGCAUCAGCCAGGGAUACACAGCUGCUAAGGGCGGCGCAAGCGAUUAUUGGCACGCGGAUGACAAUAAGAUCAGACACACCAAAGCUCUGCAAGAGCCUUUUACUGCCAAAUCCCUGAAGUGGAUUCGAAGGAACAACACUAUUUCCGUAGCCAUUGCGUGCGGUGGCACUAUACACGUGCACCCAGUCCAACGAGUCAUACGACGUAAGGGUCAUGAGGUUGUCAGCGGAUUGAAGCAUGAGAGAUACGCUCGCAAGGCCUUCCCCUUAACCCCUAUCGCCACGAGGAAUGAGGCUGGAGGACUUCAGGGGCUCCUUACAGACACAUGCACUGGGCAAGGUCCGCAUGGCUUUUGGAGUCUACGUCAUCCAUCACCGCCACCCGAUCAUCUUCGUGAGCGAAGAAGUCCACCGAAAAUGCUCUACAAUCAAGCCAGCGAUGUCGAGACAAAUCCGCCCUAUUGCCCGUUCCACGUUGAUACGAGGGUUAGUAUCUUCGCCUUUGAUGAGUAUCAGGGUAGAUCACUAUUGGAAGCAUUCGAAAUCAAAGGGCACGGCAUUGAAGACGAAACUUGUUGGACUUUUGGGGAAGCUUUACCGCCGCAAUUCAAGGUCAAUGAGCGAGUAGUGAGCGAGAUACCCGAUGACGAGGACUUCUUGGGCUCGCCUGCCGAGCACGACUUGGGCGAAGAAGAUGAGGACAAGGAAGAUGUUGCUGAUCAAAUGGAGAGUAGGCUUACGAUCCAGCCUGCACGGAGGAAUCGGGGUGGGACAGAGGAAAUUCGUGUUCAUACGAGGCCUGCCAGGAGACGAGAUCAUGGGAAUGAAGGAGGAGCAUUCGAUAUGCUGGAAGAAGAUGAGGGCAUGAUGUGA